UCGUGUUUUUUACAACAACUGAGAGUUUUACUUUUCUUCCAAGUUUGUUAUUCCUCUUCCCGAAUCUUCGCAUUUAAAGCAAAACUUAUUCUGACCUGACCCAAAAAAUUCCUGAGAUCGAAUAGGAUGACGAAUCCGGAUAAUCAGAAACCUGUUGAAGCCACCGACGUGGAAGCGGCGGCGGAGAAGACGACUACGCCGGCGUCUGGAACGUCGACGUUUUCGACGAUCACUCAGAGAUGGAAAAGAGAGGAUUUGAUCAAGAAGGCUUCACCGAUCAUGAGAGGAUUUUGCCUUUUGUUCUCUCUUCUCGCUUUCAUAAUUACGGUCUCUAACAAACAUGGUUACGGUCGAAACUUCGAUGAGUACGAAGAGUACAGAUAUGUAUUGGCGAUCUCGAUUAUUUCAACAUUAUACACUGUGUGGCAAACUUUUUCACAUUUCUCAAAAAGAGAAUUUUUCGAUGGCCGGACUUCUUUGUUGGUCGAUUUCUCUUGCGACCAGAUUGUAGCGUAUUUGCUCAUAUCAGCUGCGUCGUCUGCAAUACCAUUGACAAACAGAUUCAGAGAAGGACAAGAUAACAUUUUUUCUGAUUCUGCGGCUGCAGCUAUCAGCAUGGCUAUCUUUGCGUUCAUCUCUUUAGCUCUCUCUGCUCUCUUCUCCGGUUACAAACUCUCCACUCAUUCUUUUAUCUGAUUCCUUUUCUACAGUAUUUGUGAUCUUUGCAAUAUGUGUAAAUCUCAUUCUUUUAUGUGUUCAUAUAGCUGAUGCUAAUUUGAGUAUGUGACUCUGUGUGUGUCAGUGUGCUUCUUUGAUACUACAUUAUACAAAGUGGAAAAAAUGUAAAAAUUGAUUGGUUUUAUUCAGUUUUUUUUUUGUUUCUAUCGUACAAACAUUAAACAUAUUACAGGCGUGUGAAAAAAAA